AAAGGAGCCAGGAGGACAGUCCCAGGCACUUUCUCCGUUUCCUUCAGAAAGCCAUCCUUGCUCCGAGGGCUCAUCAUGGCGUGGGCUCUUUUGCUCUUCUCUCUUCUCUAUUACUGUGACGGUGUCUAUUCCCUGGCAACAUUGACUCAGCCUGCCUCUGAGUCUGUGCCCCCGAGAAAAGAAACAAAACUCUCCUGCACUAAAGGCAGUGGGAACUGGAACACUGCAGUCUUCUGGUAUCAACAGAGACCCGGAGAAGCCCCUCGCUUUGUGCACUGCAACGGCUGCAGCAGAGGGGAAGGGAUCCCUAACCGGUUCUCGGCCUCUGCUGCUGGCAACACUGGCUAUUUAACCAUUGCUGACGUCCAGGUGGAAGACGAGGCCAUUUAUUACUGUGCUUGUUGGUCUAGCACUGACAGCAUGUGGGUGUUCGGAGGAGGAACCCAGCUGACUGUCACUGACCAGAACCCCGUCCAUCCCUCCGUGUUUCUCUUCCCUCCAUCCCAGGAAGAGAUCAAGACCAAGAGCAAAGCCACCUUGGUCUGCCUGAUGGAUGAGUUCCACCCAGGCGUCGUCCAGGUCGAAUGGAAGGCCGAUGGCACCACCAUCUCUUCUGGCGUGGAGACCACCAAACCUGUCAAACAGGGGAACAAGUACGUGGCCAGCAGUUACCUGACUCUGAGUGAGUCUGACUGGAAAAGCCACAACAAGUACGCCUGCAAGGUGACCCAUGAAAGCGAGACCAUUGAGAAGGAGGUCAACAGAUCGGAGUGUUCUUGAAGGGUGGAUGUCUCCAUGGUGGCCCUCAUGAGUCCAUCUCCUUGGAAGAAAGAGUGUUUCCUACCCAGGUCCAAAUGUAUUCUCUGAUUCCACCCUUAUUCUAGCUUUAUCGAUAAAGGCUGAUCUCUAUCAAACCUAGUUCCAUCCCCUACAUCCCCUGCACUCCCGGAACCUCUGUUGUAUGUUUAAUUUCCAGUGUUAGCACAUUAAUAAAAAUUGAUAAAUGCUA